AUGGUAGCGGAGCCACGGCUCCAGCUAGAGGCUUGGUUUCACCCGAUAUCCCGCGUGUCUUGGAUCAGCUUGAUUGCUGCCCUUCACUUAGCCGUCUGGUUCGCUGCCAUUCACUUGGCCGACCCACUGGCCUCAGAACACACUUUUGUCGUAAGUCCCCUUGGAGUUGGGGCAGAACCGGAGUUCGCUUUUUCUGGUGGACUGCACUUUUGCAAAGCAAGCAGUGCCUGUGAAACCUGGUGUGGUGGAGAUCUCAGUGCAAGCGGUAUCAGUGCAGGCGGGGGUGUUUGGGCCUCUGGCGGUCGCUGGGUUGGAUAUCGAUUCUUCCUGGCGAGUGGUUGGAGCAGGUGGUUCAGGGACUGCCUUGUGGGUGCAAUGGAGCCUUCGAGUGGACAGGAGCCUGGAAUGGGGAGUGCUGGUCCGAACCAGCCCGUGGAUGCAGAGGCAGCAAUGCGAAACGAGAUUGACAGGAUCGUCCGGGGAAGACUUGACCAAGCUUUGGGAAGUGUCUUCUCGAGAUUGAUUACAACAACGGAGCGAGCUGCUCAGGCAGCAGAAUCACAGGCAGUGGCCUCAAAGAGCAAUGGUCUCCUGAAGGCCUUGAGGAUGCCUGAGUGGAAGCCAAAAGACAGAGAGGAGGAGCUGCGAACAUGGAAGGAGUGGCAUUUCCAGUUGUGCACUUGGUUGAUUGCGAAUGACCCCGAGUUCGAGGGCGACAUGGAGGACAUCACGUGGGACGAAGAGAUCGACAGCAGUCUGCUGCCGGAUGAGACAGCAAGUCGCAGCCAGCGAUUGUUUGGAGCACUUUGCUCCCUGGUCAAAGGCAGGCCUUUGCUUUUGAUCAAGGGUCUGGAAAAGGAGAAGAAUGGAUACGAGGCCUUGAGGAGGCUUCGGCGCGAGAUGGAACCGAAGGAGCGCACGCGCUCUUUGGCGAUCAUGCGUCAGCUUGCGCAGUGGGAGUUCAAGGAGAAUGUGGGCCUGCAUGAGCAGCUGGUUGCCUAUGAGGAGGCACUCAGAGCUUAUGAGAGCAGCAGCGGCAAGACCUUCAGCGAGGACCUCAUGGUUGCGACAGUGGUCAUGGGCCUUAAGGAGCCUUUGAAAAGCCAAGUUCAGCUCAGGAUGACCCCGGAUACGAAGUACAGCGACUUGCGAGAAUGGAUUCUCCAGUACGAGAAUGUCAACACGCCCUGGAGUUUGAGCCUGAGCACCAGCAGCAAAUCCCAAGCAGGAGGACCGCAGCCAAUGGAUGUGGACCAAGUUUGGGCCAAAGGCUGGGGCAAAGGAGGAAAGAAGGGCAAGAAGGGCAAAGAUGACAAAGGCAAGGGAAAAGGAAAAUGGGCCAAAGGAGAUGGCAAGCAGCAGCAGUGGAGCAAAGGACAGCAGCAAGCCCAGUGGGGUAGAGGCAAAGGCACCGGAGGAUGGCAGAAGGGCAAAGGAAACUACAGCAGCAACAGCUGGUGGGAAAACAACCAGCAUGGAGGGAAGAGCAAUAACAAUGGCAACCCGAAGAGCAAGGGCAAAGGAGGAGGACAAAGCAAUGUCUGCCACAAGUGUGGCCAGUCCGGCCAUUGGAAGAACGAAUGCCCUAACAAGGGCAGGGUCAAUCAAGUUGAAGAUGGAGGUGGUGGAGCCACUUCGUCCGGAGCUUCGUCAGCCUCGACCUCGGCCACAGCCUAUAGGACACCGAGCACAGUGCAGCAAGUUCAAGCAAUGCCUCUGGGAACACCUCCAGGUUGCAGGGCUGUGGAAAUCUUUGACAUUUCCGAGGUUGAGUGCGAGAGCGAUUUGGGAGAGUUCAGCUUGGACGGUGCCGAGGUGAUGAUGGUGUCGGCUGUCAGCACCAAGGAAUCCGGGAAGGUGAUGGAGUUCAGAAUGGAUAGCACCGAUGAAGACAAUGAGUGGGUUGUUUGGGAGCCGAGCGUCUUCGACCAGAACUUGUUGGAAACGGAGGUUGAAAUCAACAUGGUGCAGCACUAUGGAAGAGUUCAACCUGGAGGAACCGAAGUGGAGGUUGUAAUGGACUCAGGAGCAGAUGUUUCGGUGGCUCCGCUCGACUUCGCAGGCCUGGGCGACCCGGCUGGACCUCUGGAAGUAUUCAUGCGAGAUGCUCAAGGCCAUGAAAUUCAACAACAUGCUGCAAGAUACUUGAAUGUGGAGGUGCAAGAUGAUGAAGGCAAGUGGGUCACCAUCCGGGAGAAGUUCGCCAUAGCCAAAGUGAACUCACUCAUCAUCUCGCUGGGCAAGCUCUGGAGGAGCGGCUGGAGGUUGAGCACAGGAAAGAAGGGUCCAGUGCUGAAACAAGGGGAAAGGAUCCUCCCAAUGAGAUUGAGAAGGAACACCCUGGUCAUGACUGCCCUGGUUUCGUCCAUUGCCAUGUUGGAUGUCUCGGCGCUUCCCCCUCAGAUCGAGGAUGUGAUCGAAACGCCAGGGUGGAGCAUACUGCCCUCAGGCCUUCCAGUUCUGGUGGCGCACAGAACCAAAGAGAUCCCCUUCGAGCAGGCAGUGUGGUCGAGCGACGACUGGGAGUGGGUCGCGGUCUUUGUUCGGCGUGAAGAAGCUGUGCGAGGACCUCGGCGCGGAGAUACCUGGGUUCAAGUUUGCGCCAUGACGACCUAUGACUUUGAGCACUCGCCGAAGGUGAUCACGAACAUCGAGUCUGAGCUAGCUGGGUUCAGAGAUGUGUGUGUGCUUUUCCACGUGGCAGAGCUCAACCGGGAUAUCUUGACGAAUCCCGGGACCCUCUUCGAUGAGCCCAAGGAGUUCGAUGAGCCCUAUGUGCCUGGAGAUGUCGGGGGUGGUCUUGGCGAUGAGCCAAUGGAAGUGCUUGGAGGAGAACGGGACCUUCGAGGACAAGUUCGGCACGCGGAUCUUGAAGACGACGAGUUGGAUGGUGUGGAACUAAGCAUGGAAACCCCCCUCAAGAAUCUGAAAGAUCUCUGUGACAAGCUCGGGGUGAGCAAGAGUGGGCCAAAAGCUCGUGUUCUUCGGCGACUUCGCGAUCACAAGGAGGUGUUGGAGAAGCAGCUCUCCACCGAGGUGGCGAAGCAGAUGUUCCGAGAAGGGGAGAGGAAUCCUGAACAGUUCAGGGUGCCGGUGCUUCCAAGCAAAGAGCAACAAGACCUACAUGCCUUGACACAUCACCCUUUCCAGCCCUGGUGUGAAGCAUGUGUCAUGAGCCGGUCAAGGCAAUCCCCUCACGAGAAGCAAACGGAGGAGAAGGGUGACAUCGUCGAGAACGAGUACAAGGAGCCAAAGCCUCGCAUCCAGAUUGACUAUUGCUACACCUUCACAAAAGAGCGAGGUGAGGUGGAGCCUGAGGAACCGGAGCCACAGGGAGAGCACCAGCAACCUGAUGAAGCCCAGGAAGCCGAGGACUACAGGGACCAAUUCGCUUUGAACCUUGUGGGCGCAGAGUCAACGAGUGGAUGGGUGGUUGCCAUUCCCUUGGUGGCAAAAGGCUCCUCUUCGCUCAAGAAAGUGAGCGAGGCGCUCACAAGGCUUUCCAUGCAGGUGGCCGGGGCAACAGAAGUGGUGCUGCAAGGAGAUCCUGAGCCAAGCAUCAAGCAGGCGGUGAGCACAAUCCGCCGGAAUGCCAUGACGUUGAAGUGCUUCCUGGAGGCGCGUAUCGGCGCGCGUCUCAGUGGAAAGCAUCCUCUCUUCGCCUGGCUGUUGCGCCACGCGGCCUUCCUUUACAACAGGUUCUCCACCACCAGUCGGGGCAUCACACCCUUUGAGGUCCUACAUGGACGGCGGUACAGAGGACGCCUCCUAGUCUUCGGGGAGAGUUGUAUUUUCCACAAGGCCACGAAGUACAAGGGCGACCUCCAGUGGAGAAAAGGCAUUUGGGUUGGCGUCAACGAGAAGAACAAUGCGCAUGUGCUUCUUACGCCAGAAGGAGCUUGUGAGAGCAGGUCGAUCCGCCGAGUGCCUGUGGAGAGCCAGUGGUCAGCCGACGAAGUCUUCCAAGUGAAAGGCCUUCCGUGGGACUAUGGAGGCAAGGUGCGAAGGAAGAGGGCCAUGUACACUUCUCGAGUUCCUCUUCUACCAGACCAUGCUUCAUUAGAGCAGUUGGCGCGUGCAGCGGGGAAAGCAGCCGCAGAAUCCAUUGCAGCAGGGACACCAAAGCCUCCUGCCGACGAGCUCGGGACGGAUUCCAGCAGCAGUAGCUCAAAUCCAUCUUCUCCGUCACGGUCAUCAAGAAAGAGCCAAGGAAUGGAAGGCAUAGCAGAGGAGAAAGCACCAACAGCAGAGGAGGAAGCACCAGCAGCACAAGAGGAAGCGUCAGCAGCGAUGGACAGCAGCACUAAGGUAACGAGACCGGGGCCUGAAAAGGGACCAGCAAGCAAGCGAGUCAAGCUUCUGCUGGACCGGCCCAAAGGCUCACCGACUGCUGGGAGCGUUGGUGGCUCGCUGUACCCUCCAGGGUUUGCUGGAAUCUCCAUGGUCCACGGCGACGUCGAAAUGGAUGAGUAUUCGCAGGCAGAGACAUGGCUUGAUGAAGUGGAGCCAGUCCUGGAGUUCACAGAGAAUGCUUGUGAAGAGAUGUGGUGGUCUCCUGAUGACCCACCGCCGGAACUAAGCCCUGACGAGUUGGCAGCUUUGGACCUUGAGAGCGACAGAACAGAGGUGGAGCGCCUGGUUGCCAUGGGCGCACUGAGGCCCCCCAGGGAUGGAGAGGACCUGGGGCAAUACGAGCAGUUGACUACGAAAGUAGUCAGAGACUGGCGAAAGAGGCCUGGCUGGAUUCGCAGAUCUCGCCUAGUGGCCAGGAAUUUUUCGCUCGUGGACGCCGUGGUCGCAGGCCUCGAGCUCACCACGCUCGACAUCAAGGACGCCUACCUGAAUGUGCCGCAGAAGGCACCAGUGGUGAUCGAGGUCGACGCGCGACUCUUUGACACCCAGAGCAGUGGCUCUAGGAGGUUUGUGCUUGAGAGGCUGUUGCCAGGCCAGAGGGUUGCAGCCAGUGAGUGGUUCCAGUACAUGAAGGGGAUGCUUGCGGAGGCGGGGCUCACCGGCUUUGCUAAGGAGCCCACCUUGUUCCGAGAUGAGAGGCCUGGCUGUGACACAGGCCUGGUGCUGCAUGCUGAUGAUGGGCUUCUUGCUUCAACACCAGCAGCCCGACAAGCCCUUGAGAAAGUGCUCGCCAAGAAGGUCAAGGUCCAAAUCAGCAGCCCACUGAAGGAGGUGGGGGAUGAGCUGGAGUUCCUGAAGCGAAGAUAUGUGAAGCUUGAAGAUGGGAUAGCAAUGUAUUCGGGGCAAAAGCAUGUUGAGGCUCUCUUGGAAGCAAUGGGGCCUGGAUUGAAAAGCAGAGACACUCCAGGAGAUGCCAGUCUCUUGGAAGCUGAUACAAGUGCCGCCCUCGCUCCUGAAAGGGCCAAGCAGUACAAGGAGUGUACUGGCAGGCUCUUGUACCUGAGCCACACGAGGCCGGACAUACAGUACAGCACAUGUGUCCUUGCAAGUAAGAUGAGCUCACCAACCGUUAUGGCCUACAAGUGGCUGGCGAAAGUCGCCGGCUACCUCCAGAAGGUUCCCAGUCUUGGCUUCCUGAUCAAGCCUUUGCAACAAGCAGCCUGUUUGGAAUACAAAGGCUCAGGACCCCUUCAGCACGGAGGCCAGGUCGUCUUGGAAUCCGUAACAGAUGCUGACUGGGCUGGGUGCAAGCGAACAAGAAAGUCUCGCUCCUCGGUGCAUCUGUACCUGGGUGGCAGCUUGAUUGCCAGUCACGUUAGAACUCAGAAAUCUGUGUCGCUCAGCAGCGGGGAGUCGGAGUUCGUUGCAAUGGUGAGUGGGGGCACUGAAGUUGUGUUCAUCCGGGAGUGCCUCGACUACUUGAUGAAAGGGUUCGCUGAGAUUGAUGUUGUGCUUCGAAGUGACAGUGCUGCAGCUAGAGGCAUCAGCCAGCGAAUCGGCUGCGGCAAGGUCAGACACUUGAGCUGUGGCCUGUUGUGGGUCCAAGAGGCCAUCAAAGCCAAGGUCUUCCGUGCAAGCCCUGUGUCAGGGCAACGAAACCCCUCUGACCUGGGUACAAAACCUCUGAGCGCGGCCCUCGCGUCCGAGAGCUCCUAUGUCGAAGUGGAGCAGUGGACGAUGAUGGAAAUCCAUAUGGACUUGAGGACCUUGAGAGAUCCCAGAGCAAGAUGCAAGUGA